UACGUUGAUUGACGGACCGGAGCGGCUGCGCGCUUAUGUUAACGCACAAGAUUAUUUUUAGUUCGCGCUUAAACUUUGUGAGAACUUCGCGGCAUCACUUCUCAUUUUGACUGGCGAGGUGAGACAGCACGAAUCAUGGCGACACAAAACGACUGCUGUGUCAAGGUCUCUUUAAGGAUCCGGCCACAGAUGGCAAAGGAAAAGAUUGAGGGAUGUCACAUCUGCACCUACGUGGCUCCCGGCGAGCCUCAAGUGCUCCUGGGAAAAGACAAGGCCUUCACAUAUGACUUUGUAUUUGAUAUAGAUGCCCAACAACAACAAAUCUACAGUGCCUGUGUCCAUAAGCUCAUCGAAGGCUGCUUUGAGGGAUAUAAUGCUACUGUCUUUGCUUAUGGACAAACUGGUUCAGGAAAGACCUACACCAUGGGCACUGGCUUUGACAUAACCUUGGCAGAAGAAGAACAGGGCAUCAUUCCUCGAGCAGUGAGACACCUCUUCCAGGGGAUCCAGAAACGCAGACUAGAGGCACAGAGUGCAGACAUGCCCCUUCCAGAAUUCAAAGUCAGCGCCCAGUUCCUUGAGCUCUAUAACGAGGAGAUCCUGGACCUGUUUGACAGCAAUCGUGACCCUGAGGCUCGAAACAGGAAGUCCAACAUUAAGAUCCAUGAGGAUGGGAGCGGGGAAAUCUACACCACAGGAGUGACCUCACGGCUAGUCAGCUCCGAAGAGGAGCUCCUGCAGUGUUUAAAACUGGGCGCUCUGUCCCGCACCACUGCCAGCACACAGAUGAAUGCCCAGAGUUCCCGCUCUCAUGCCAUCUUCACCAUCCACGUCUGCCAGAUGAGGGUGUGCCCACAGCCACACUUGGAAAAUGGAGAGAUAAACGGCAUAUCUGAUUGCUCCAUCUCUCAAUCGGAGUACGAGACGCUCACUGCUAAGUUUCACUUUGUGGAUCUGGCAGGCUCCGAGAGACUCAAACGCACAGGAGCCACUGGAGAGAGAGCGAGAGAGGGCAUCUCUAUCAACUGUGGCCUGCUGGCCCUGGGUAAUGUGAUCAGUGCAUUGGGAGAUCAGUGUAAGAAAGCGGGCCAUGUGCCUUACAGAGAUUCCAAACUCACACGCCUGCUGCAGGACUCGCUGGGAGGAAACAGUCGGACAGUGAUGAUUGCCUGUGUGAGUCCCUCUGACCGGGAUUUCAUGGAAACCCUGAACACUCUGAAGUAUGCUAACCGGGCUCGAAACAUCAAGAACAAAGUGAUCGUGAACCAGGACAAAACCAGUCAGCAGAUCAGUGCCUUACGAGCAGAGAUUGCACGCCUGCAGAUGGAGAUCAUGGAGUACAAAGCGGGAAAGCGAGUGGCCUGUGAAGAUGGAGCCGAGGGCUUUAGCGAUUUGUUUCAUGAGAACUCGAUGCUCCAGAAAGAGAACGAUACCCUGCGUAUGCGGGUCAAAGCCAUGCAAGAAACCAUCGACCACCUCAAUACCAGAGUAACCCAGCUACUCACCAAUGGAGUCAAUCUGCUGCUCACUAAGACAGGUGAAACAAACGAGGAGAUAGGAAAUCUAAUUCAAAACUACAUUAGAGAGAUUGAAGAGCUCAGGUCUAAGCUAUUGGAGAGUGAGUCCAUGAAUGAGUCUCUGAGGCGCAGUUUGUCUCGACUCUCUUCCCGCUCUCUGUACCCUGCCUCCCACCCCACUCCAGCACUCUCUCUUGGCUCCUCCCCUUCUGUUUCCAUGGAUGCAGAGAUGACUGAUGUGAUUUGUCAAGCCAAAUUGGAUGUGGAGAGGCUAAAGAAGAAGGAGAGAAAUCAAAUCAGGAAAAGUCCUGAGAAAGAAAAAGGUUUGAAGAAGAGAGCCAAACUUCAUUCUCAGGAAAACGGAGAUAAGCGAGAGAAUGGGCUUAGCAGAGAAAACGAAGAGAGACGAGAAAAUGGAGAUGGGGACUCUGAUAAUGAACCUGAAGAGGAGGAAGAGUUUGACAGUGACGAGAGCCUAGUAGACUCUGACUCUGACUCAGAGGAAAAAGUGAACUUGCAGGCAGAUCUUGCGGAUCUGACGUGUGAGAUCGAGAUCAAACAGAGACUGAUCGAUGAGCUGGAGAACAGCCAGCGGCGGCUGCUUACCCUGAAGAAUCAGUAUGAGGAGAAACUCAUUCUGCUUCAGAACAAGAUCAGAGACACACAGCUGGAGAGAGACCGUGUGCUGCACAACCUCAUGUCCAUGGAGAACUACACUGAAGAGAAGGCUAGUAAGAUUAAAUCAGAGUACGAGAAGCGGCUGAAAGAGAUGAACAGAGAUCUGAUGAAGCUGCAGGCCGCUCAGAAGGAACACGCUCGCCUGCUGAAGAACCAGAGCCGCUACGAGAGAGAGCUGAAGAAGCUACAGUCUGAGGUUGCCGAGAUGAAGAAAGCCAAGGUGGCGCUGAUGAAACAGAUGAAGGAGGAGCAACAGAGGAGGAGGACGAUUGAAGCCAAGAGAAACCGAGAAAUUGCACAACUGAAGAAAGAGCAGCGACGACAAGAGUAUCAGAUCCGGGCUUUGGAGUCUCAAAAGCACCAGCAGGAGAUCAUAUUGAGGAGGAAGACGCAGGAAGUGACGGCCCUGAGACGUAUGGCUAAACCCAUGUCAGAUCGUGUGGCUGGACGUGUGGUCCGCAGACUCGCCAGUGUGGACUCUGGAGCUGAGCUCUCCGCCAGUAUGACCGCCACCUCCUCUGAACCGGAGUCGACUCGCUCAGUGUCCAGCAUCAUACAGCAUUGGAACACCAAACUGAAUAGAUACCUUGGAGUGAAUGAGAGUCAUGGGAGUGGAGGAAGUCUGGCCAGCAGAAAGAAGUUCCAACGGAAGGGUACAAGCACGGGUUUCUCAAAGGCGGCCCGUCAGAAGUGGCAAGCGUUGGAGAGGAGAAUCAUGGAUAUUGUGAUGCAGAGAAUGACCAUCACCAAUGUUGAAGCUGAUAUGGAUCGCCUCAUUAAGAAACGUGAGGAGCUGUCCAUGCAGCAGGAGGCGCUGUUGCGUAAGAGGGAGAAUUUACUGAGCGAGGGCUUUAGAGAGGAGGAGGAGAGAGUACUUCAGGAGAUUAAUGAGGAGAUUGAAGUUCUCAAUGCAAACAUCGACUACAUCAAUGACAGCCUGGCAGACUGCCAGGCCACCAUUGUACAGAUAGAGGAGUCCAAGGAUGAGCUUGACUCUGUGGACACCUCAGUGGUCAUCAGCUCCUGCUCACUGGCUGAAGCUCGUUCUCUCCUGGACUACUUCCUUAAAGCCUCUAUUGACAAAGGCUUGCAAGUUGCUCAGAAAGCGGCUCAGAUUCGACUGCUGGAGGGUCAGCUGCGGCAGACAGAUGUGAUUGGCUCUUCCCAAAAUCACGUAAUCCUGGAUGCUCUGAAGGAAAAGGCAGAGUGUAUCCCUGAGUUACAGGCUCUAAUCCACAAUGUCCAGCAGGAGAAUGGUUACGCAAGCACAGAUGAAGAGGCAUCAGAGUUCAGUCAGGCAUCAGAGAGUAGCUUUUGCCAAAUGAAGUUGUCUGCGAGUCAAGAUGACUUUAAGAUGAAGGUUGAACCUCGGCUCUCAGCACAAAUGAAGGCAGUGUCAGCUGAGUACUUGGGCCCCAUACUGGACUCCACCUCUAAGAACAUCACAAAGUCCUUAGCUUCACUGUCAGAGAUCCAUGAGAUCGGCCGGAUACUCAAAGAGCCCUAUUCAAGAGAGCUAGUGUCUCGAACCAUUAGCCUACCUAUCAGAGGACACACCUUCCCAAGACAAUCCAGGGGAUCAGACACCUCCCCAUUAACAAGGAGGCCGUCAUAUGACCGAGGACAGCCAUACAGAAGUCUGGAUAUAGGCUACACCCCGCCCUCUUCCCCUCCUCUCCGAACACGCAAUGACCGCAAUGUCUUUUCCCGCCUGACCAGCAACCAAAGUCAGGGCUCUGCACUCGACAAGUCGGAUGACAGCGACUCCUCUCUCUCGGAGGUGCUCAGGGGUGUGAUCACUCCCACAGGUGGGCUCAAGGGGGGCAGGACGGCCCCUCUGCAGUGUGUGGCAAUGGCCGAGGGCCACACCAAACCUGUGCUCUGCUUGGAUGCUACAGACGAGCUGCUUUUGACCGGAUCCAAAGAUCGAACCUGCAAGAUGUGGAAUCUGGUAACUGGACAGGAAAUAGUGACACUGAGGGGGCACCCUAAUAACGUUGUGUCCGUCAAAUACUGCAGCAACUCCAGCCUGGUCUUUACCGUUUCUACAUCAUUUAUCAAAGUAUGGGACAUUCGUGACUCUGCCAAGUGCAUCCGAACAUUCACGUCAUCGGGUCAGGUGGUCUCAGGUGACGCCUGCGCUGGAACAACCACCCGCACCAUCACCACAGCCCAGGGCGAGCACCAGAUUAACCAGAUCGCCCUCAAUCCCUCUGGAUCGGUUCUGUACGCUGCUGCAGGCAACACUGUCCGCACCUGGGACCUCAACAGAAUGCAGGCCACAGGGAAGCUGACAGGACACAUUGGCUCAGUCAUGUGUCUAACAGUGGGUUAUUCAGGUGGGGGCAAAGACCAGGUCAUCACUGGUUCCAAAGACCACUAUGUGAAGAUAUUUGAUGUUGCGGAAGGCGCUCAGGGCAAUAUUGGACCAGCUCAUAACUUUGAGCCCCCUCAUUACGACGGUAUUGAAUGCCUUGCCAUACACGGCGACAUCUUGUUCAGUGGUUCCCGUGACAACGGCAUUAAGAAAUGGGAUCUGGGACAGCAGGAACUGAUUCAGCAAAUCCCGAACGCCCACAAGGACUGGGUGUGUGCGUUGGCAUUUGUUCCAGGGCGGCCCAUGCUCCUCAGCGCCUGCAGGGCGGGUAUGCUCAAAGUGUGGAAUGUGGACAACUUUACCCCUAUCGGAGAGAUCAAGGGCCAUGACAACACCAUCAAUGCCAUCUGCACCAACUCUAAACAGAUCUUUACUGCAUCCAGUGACAUGACAGUGAAGAUCUGGCAUCCGAAGAUGGGGAAGAAAAGGUGUCAAUCCUGAGUUUGGAAUCAUUGUUAUCACCAUCGUAUGAUGCCUUUUUGUUUUUGAGUUGGCUGCCCAUUGGACGUGACGGUUCAACCUUAUGGUGCUCAAAGCUGACCAUUUGAGUGAAGUCCAGGGUUCGGAGGUCUCAUUCCAGUAGGUCGGUUACAUGGCUCUGUUCUAAGGAGAUGAGAUGGCUGUCUGUUUUGAAGUCACAACACUUUUAAUGUCUUAAAACCUGAUAUAUCUGGAAUAUUCAAAGGGGAAGCCAACAAUCUGCCUGAGAAACUGCCAUUUCCCAUCUUAUUGAUGUUUUAAAGGUGCCAUUUUGGUAACACCACAUUUGACCCAGAAACUGUAGCAUCUGUACUAAAAAGGUGCACUUCCUGUCUAGGAAAAAAGUUCUUGUGAAAACUUAAUCUGUAGCUGCUGUUUUUUUUUUGUUUUUUUUUUACCAUGUCAGUGACAGAAGUAUCUAAGAUGAAGAAAGUCCACUUCGGAUUCAAGAGGCACGAAACCUUUUAACUUCUAGAGAGGCAUAUGAUUUUGGUCUUUGAAAUUGAACUAGACUAGAAACUGAACCAUUGGCAGUUAAUGUCCAAAACAUUUUGUAAUAUCUCAAGAAGACUAGAUGAAUAUGAGAAUUUGCAACACUUUCUAUCCCAGUUAUGAGACAUUGUGCAAUAGUACAGACCGCCUCUUAUUUCAAUGAUCUCCUCUACAGGGGUUUCUCUGAUCAUUUCAAAUGACUAAUAGCUACCCUAAUCUUCCAUUCAAACACUGGACACAAACUUGUACAGCCCUUCUGAGAGGCUUCCUUUGCUGUUGAAAACCAUUGUCUCCAUUGUUUCUCUGUUGCUGUGAAUUUUACAUUCUCUACCUCAGGUUUAGAUUACAUUUAGGGAAAACACCCUUCACUGAAUCUGGGUUCUAGCUCAUGACAGGAUCCCAGUUUUAUUUUCUGGGAGAUGUGUGGAUAGAGGUAUUAGAAUUGUGAAGCAGAAUUCAAAGUCUGCUGAGUGGGCAUUUUUAGGGUGUGCAUGUAAUAAGCCAAGUUCUCUAGGGGACGGUCAGGUUAAGUGACUAUAGCGGGAUGGUUCUCCUUAAGAUUGCUGUCUCAGACUCAAGCAUCUGAUUAUAAGGCAGCGUUCCCCUUCUGGACACAAAAAAAGGGAUCCGCUGUUUUGUCCUGGUACGUUUGUUGCUGAGGUGAUAGCUUUACUGAUAUUAUCUCAAAACAGUUUUCUAAAACUUUUUAGACAAUCUGACACUGGAUUGUUAGAUGAAAAUUUGGUCAUGUAUUACCUCAAUUUUGACUACUCUUUAAAAUGUUAUAAAGCACAAGUGUUGAAGAAUUGCAUAACAGCUGUAGGUUCAGGUGCAACUUUAAAAUUUUUCUUGCUAGUACGCACCAUGUCUGGUCCAUGAAAUAUCUUUAAGACACAUUGAGAAAAAUUUUAACCAUGCUAAAGGGUGAAUCUCAUGACAGAAAAUCCAAGUUUUAUUUCACCCCAAAAUAAUAAUAAUAAAAAAUGAAUAAAUUAUAUUUUGCCUAAAUACAAUGCAGAUUUUUAGUACCAUUUAAGAUUAGCACAAUUACAUUAUUUCCAUGACAACUAAGCAACCCCCCUCCUCCAUACGUAUUACCACAAUGCAAAGAAUUCACAUUCUCAUGACUGCAAUGCUGAGUUGUAAAGUGUUUACAAUAAUGCAAAUUACAAAAUUAAAGAUCUUAAUGUUGAAGUAUGUCACAAUGUAAACUCUUAAUGGUCCUAAAAUGGUUUCAUUUUCAUUUAUUCAAAAAAUUAUUUCAUAUUCAUUUUAUCUUUGAGUGAAAUGUGACCUGGACACAUUACUGUGAUAUUUACCCUUAAAUAACUUAAAAUGUACAAGAUAUACAAUAGUUUAAAGUUUUAGUUCACCCAAAAUUGAAAAUUCUCAUCAUUUACUCACUCAUGCCAUCCCAGAUGUGUAUGCCUUUCUUUCUU